GGCUAUCGUUCUCCCGCUAUCGUUCUCCCCGCUAUCGUCAGUUGGCUUCCACACUUCCCUUCGCUGGUGACGCCUCUAUUGACUUCAGUCGCAGCCACUUAAUACACCGCCAUGUCGACGCUUUCGAAGACAACGUCAAAAUUCUUGUGCUUUAGGGGAAAUUAUUAGCACCGUAAAAUUGACGCUUUGAGAAUAAUGGUCAAGACUGUCGCAAUUGUGGAUCUGACGAGGCUGUUGACGGUGUUGACAGUAGCCGCGACGAUGGGCCCAGGAGCUGGAGCUGGUGAGGACUCUGACUACUACUCCACUACACCAGGUUCCGAGACCCACGUCCCCCCACCGGAGCCAUGUACGCCCCUAGCAGUGACAGCGACGGCGGCAGAGGACGCCAACGUCACCUCCUCUCUCGACUACAGCAUCUCCGUCGCCGACCCCGUCAGGUGUAACAGAAGUCCUCGGUGUCCAGGCGGACAACUUUAUGUUGAGAGAUGCGACAACGAGCCGCUCCAGCCCAUGAUCAUGUGGCCUCCGAAGAAGGAAGGUAGUCGGUGUGUGAGCCAGGCCGGCUGCUUCCUUGUGAGGUGUGGCACUCUCAGGUCUCAGGAGGUCGUCUUACCGGGAGUCAACGAUAUCGCGGCCACCUACACCGGCCCCUUCUUCAGGAGCAACACCCUGUUGGCGGUGAACCUGAAGCCGUCGCCGAAGGUCCGGGGCUGGAAGGUGGAGGUCUUCAACUCAACCUGGGACUCUGUGGGCACGGCGGAGGCCCUGAAGAACAUCCAGAACAUCCAAGUGCAAGGAACUUAUGUUCCUGGAGAACAAUACUUCUUGGUAUUCACCCCUAUCCUGAAGGCGACAGCAGAGGGAUGCACCGCGCCAGAGUCACGGGACGACGAGCGGCUGUACACACACCAGGGGCUCGAUCCCUCGCCUCCUGAAACCCGAGUCGAACUCAAACCCAAAAUGGCGUCGGCGUCGCUGAUAGUGGUGGCUGGCGUGGCUGUGUUUGUCCUGGCGCUCGUCGGCUACUUCGUCAGGGACAGAUUCUUGGAUCCCUCGGACCUCGGGGACGUAGAGGCUACCCCUGCAGGCACUCACAACACCUCCCACUCAGCAGGAGGGGAGGUGCUGCUGAUCCACGCCCUGGACACCAGCAGGCUGGAGGGUCUCUGUGCCACCCUGGCGGAGGACAUCACAGCCCACUGUGACAGACAGGUGGUGGACAUCUGGAGACUGACGGAGCCGGAGCAGCUUGAGGACCCAGGCACCUGGCUCCUGGAGAAGCUGGCGGUGAGGGAGGACGUCUCUGUCGUGGUGGUUCUCUCCCCAGCUCUCCUGCGUCUCCAGCAGGUUCUCCGGCGUGGUGGAGACCCGGCUGAGUGUGUGGCGGCCAUGGGACGGGAAGUACACCCUUGCGACUCGCUACUUCCCUCGCUACUCUCCCGUCUCCACGACCUCCAGCUCAGUAGGGACUACCGGCGUCUCUUCCUCGUCAGGUUCACAGAGGGCGUGGAGACUACUGAAGAGGGAGAUCUGCCAGAGCUGGUAGCCUGUAGACGGUAUCUUCUGCCCCAGCACCGUCUGCUCUUGCUGGCGGGCCUUAACCAGGUUGACGAGGGCACAGAGGCAACCUGUCCGCUCCUCGACCACCAGCCGUCACCACAGCUCCAACAGCAGCCUCAACACUUUGUGUAAUCCCCCCCCCCCCUACCCAACCACUUGGGCUGGACGGUAGAACGACGGUUUCGCUU